AUGUCAAUUUCCAUGGGGUUGAGGUGGUCAGGUCGAGGAAUCCGUGGAGUCCAGAGGAGGGCGGUUGCUGGUGCCGGAAGCGGGCGAUAUUUCUCCCAUUAUACCUUGAACUCUAGGUCAAUACAAAGACCAGGAACAUACUCAAGCCAAUUGAAUUCGGCGCAGCAAGUUCGAUCCCUUUCCCUCUUUGGCUGGGGUUCCAGCAAGACCUCCAGCGAAGCUGCACCAGCAGUCGAGGCUGCUGCGCAGGCAUCGUCGCCCUCCUCACCCCCGACAAUUGAAUCGACACGGACAGUCAAGGCCUCGCACUCCACCUCAGAUUCCGCCGACCCAACAAUUACCUCCACCGGCGAAUCGAAUGCUCUUCAAAGUAUCGAAAAAUCGGUCCUGCAAUCGCAAGAAAGUACAUCCGCAACAGCGGCAGCAGCAGCCAGUGACACACCAGAUCUAGCCAGUGUUCCGGAAGGCAUUGGAUACUUGAAAGAUGUCUGUGGUCUUGAUUUCGGCACGGGUCCGACUGCUCUCAUGCAGUUUUGUCUCGAACAUAUACAUGUGACGGGUGGACUGUCCUGGACAGUAUCGAUACUGGCCCUUGUGCUCCUCAUCCGUGGGUCCAUUCUUCCGUUUGCGAUCUCGGCGUCCGACAUGACUGCCAAAUUCCAAGAAAUAAGUCCUCUCAUAAGACAAAUACAAGCAAGGAGUCAAGAGGCUUUGGCAAAUCAUGAUCGCACAGCGGUCCUCGAGGCACAGAUGCAAAUGCGAGAGCUCAGGAAAGACGCCAAACUCUCUUUCAUAAAGAUGUUCCGGCCCAUCCUAUUUCAAAUCCCGCUUGGUUACGGAGCAUGGAAUCUUCUCAGAAACUGCUCACAUCUACCUGUGCCCGCCUUCGAAGCUGAACACUUUCUGUGGUUAAGUAACAUAGCCGUUACUGACCCGACCUAUAUCUUGCCUAUAGCCACCGCAGCACUUACAUGGGUCAACCUAGCAACCACUCAAAGAUCGCAGGGUGGACAGUCUCAGCUCCCCGGUAUGGGUGUGGUCCGAAAUGUUAUUCCACUCAUCACGGGUGGCUUCCUUGCAUUUCAGCCAGCCUCCGUUCAGAUUUAUUUCUUAGUGAACAGCUUUUUCACCCAGCUACAAGUCAGCGCCCUGCAGAAUGAAUCUUUCAGACGUCUGCUAAAAUUAACCCCGCUGCCGCACCACAAUUCCAAGUCAAGUAGCACCACUCCAUAUUCACGGAUGAACGUCCAGCCAACGGUAAUCGAGACCACUGCUCGAACCACCACUGCGACUCCUGGAACGACUCCUGAGCCAACUCCAGCGGCGGAUCGCAGUAUCAUCGACAAAGGGGUCGAUUCAGUGAAAUCCAUGGGGAAGAAAGCGUGGGAGAAUGUGUCUGGUUCUUCCAAAGAGCAAAUGGAGAAGAAAAUGAAAGAAAAACAGCUUGAAAAACAAAAAGAAGCGGCAGCACGGUACGAGGCACAACGAAGGCAAGAUCUCGAGAUCCAGCGGUCGUACCGAAACGCCGUUGCGAGUGGACAAGUGCCUAAUCCUGGUUCACCAUCGACACCAAAGAAAUGA